AUGGCGGCCAAGUACGAGAUUGAAAAGUUCAAAGGGAACAAUUUCUCUCUGUGGAAAAUUAGAAUGAAAGCAAUUCUCAGGAAAGAUAACUGUGUAGCAGCAAUUGAAGAAAGACCGGCCGAUUUCACUGACGAUGCGAAGUGGACAGAAAUGGAUAGCAACGCUAUUGCCAAUCUGCACUUAGCACUUGCUGAUGAAGUUUUGUCAAGUGUGGCGGAAAAAGGUACGGCAAAAGAGGUAUGGUAUACUCUUGUAAAUUUGUAUGAGGCCAAAUCACUGCACAACAAAAUUUUCUUGAAGAGGAAACUGUACACUCUCAGGAUGAUGGAGACAUCCUCAAUAGUCGAUGGUUUCGUCAUGGAUGAUGAGUCCAUUCAGUCAAAAUCUUGGCUUGAAAAGCCGGCCGGAUACCGAGAAAUGGUGAUUGCAUAUUCAACAGAAAUGAAGAUGCUGGGACUGAAGAUAUUGGAUCUGAUGGGUGAAGCUCUGGGAAUGGAGGCCGGAUAUUUCGAAAGAAACAAUCUCACUGAGAAUCUGAAUAUCAUGGUAAACCAUUAUCCUGUUUGUCCUAACCCAAGUUCCACCAUGGGAACAGCUCCCCAUUACGACCCAAACCUCAUCACCAUACUUCACCACCAACUCUUCGGUCUUCAGAUCUUCAACAAUGGCGAAUGGCUUGGCGUCGACCCUCUUCCUCGUGCGCUUACUGUCAUCGUGUCUUCUCAGUUACAGAUUAUCAGUAAUGAUGAGCUGAAAGGUUGUAAGCAUCGUGCGGUGACAAAUUCGAGAAUGUUUGUGUUAUUCUGGGUUUUAAUCAUUUCAAUAACAAUCGCAAAUGGCUGUUGA